AUGAUAAGCAAGUGUGAUAAAGUACAACAUAGUGGCUUGUGCCAUUUUGUCAUCAAGCGAAAAGCAACACACAAACGAAAGAACCAAAGAAAGAACAAAAAGAAAGAACAAAAGAAAGAACAAAAGAAAGAACAAAAGAAAGAACAAAAGAAAGAACAAAAGAACAACAAGAACAAAAGAAAGAACAACAAGAACAAAAGAAAGAACAACAAGAACAAAAGAAAGAACAACAAGAACAAAAGAAAGAACAAAAGAAAGAACAAAAGAAAGAACAAAAGAAAGAACAACACCUCCAAAAGCCGUCAAGCCGGCAAAAGGUUGAAUGCAAACACGGCACGCGCCGUGCCUCUGGACGAUGCCGUUACAACGACACUGGAUGCUUCUCCAAAUGAGGCCAAUCCCAUCCGCAUGGUCGACCCCAUGCUUCAGAUCGAUACCGUGGUUGUUCCCACUUUGCCCGAAUAUGCCGACUGGCCGCUUUUGCACAGGCAGCUUGAUCAGACGAUGGAUCAGCUCCUUGAGACUGGCGUCGUCUCCUUACGCGAUAGCACCGGCGAGAUCGUCGUCUUGGAUUCAAUUGAUGGAGCCGUCGAGGGCACAACCGUGGACAGUCUUCUCGCAGCUGGCUACUCGCUUGUGAUCAAACCUGAGCAUGAGCCCUCCUUGUCCUCGUCCAUGCACGCAUUUACCGUCAGCAACGUUAUUUCUCAGCAGAUCCAAGCGCAUCUGGGUGUGGUCAUGUCGGAACACUUUUACAUCUCCCCGCCCAGCCAGCGGGCCCUGAGCCCGCAUACUGAUGGUGGCGAUGUCUUUGUGCACCAGUGGGCUGGCAGCAAGCUUUGGACCCUCUGCGUGCCCAAAGCGCCCGAUUGCCAGGAUUGCACGUUCGCAGAUUUGGCUCUCCGCGCCGAACUGGCCAAGUCGGCCUUCCAAGGCUGCACCGCCUAUACGGACGAACAACUUGCCGGAAUGGAAUGCCGCACCUUGGAUCUGCAAGAAAAUGAGCUGCUUUACGUUCCGCGCGGUGUCGUCCACUAUGCCCGAGCCAACUCGACCGGCCUGAGCGCCCACGCCACCUACCAAGUGGUGCCGCCCUCUGCCACCUGGAUCGACAUGGUGGUCGAUGAAUGUAGCCUCGCAGCAACCACGCGGGCUUGCAACGAGUUGAAGAAUCAGCUUCUCCAAGCCGACCUGGGUUUUCGGUGGCUCAACUUUCGCUUUAAAGACGUCCACGUGGCGCCCGUUCUGCCCAACAAACUCAACGCCUCGGAAUAUACGCUUCCCUCCACUCGCCUCGCCUCGCUCAUUACCCGCCCGGCCUCCAAUGACGAAUCAGUCACGCGCACGCGCCGUUCCUCGGAUCGAGGCUACAGCGGCAGAGGUUGUGGCUCAUGCAACCAACGUUGCGACGACAGCUGUGAUGGGAGCUGCGAUUGGGUUGUGGGCAGCUGCGAUGAUAGCUGCGAUAGCAGUUGCGCUUGUAACUCUGGGCUGGACACUGUCAACGAUGUGUGCAGUACUUGCGGCAAGGGCACCUACCACGAUAUGGUUCGCUGUUUGAGCUGCGGUGCUGGUACCUACCAGGACAGUGCCAGCCAUCUUUCUACCUCAUGCAAACCAAAGAGCCGCUGUCCUGCUGGUACUUACGACGCCAACGGUGGCAGCUCGUCUUCAAACACAAACUGCCUUGCUUGCCCGGCGGGCUCCUACCAAGAUGCGACCAACCACCUGGAGACUUCUUGCAAGACCAAGACCAACACGUGCCCUGUUGGCCACUACGCCUCAAACGGUGGCAGCACUACAAGUGAUCGCAUCUGCGCCGUGUGUCCCGACGGUACUUGGAUGAAUAUCAAUGGUAACUCAGCCCAGCAGUGCUAUCAGAAAUCUGUGCCAUGCUCACCUGGCCAAGAGGUUUCAAACAAGGGUGACAAGACGGCCGACAACAUUUGCGCCGCCUGCAGCUCAAAUUCAUAUCAACCCAGCCAGGGCUUGGCUGUACAGUGUACACGGAAGACUAACACUUGCAAAGCCGGCGAAUAUGUGACCAAUCCAGAUUCCCUGACCUCGGAUUACUCCUGUGGUAUCUGCGCUGCCGCGUGUGCGGCCGGCAAUUACCAAGCCAGUGCAGGGCAAACCUCUUGUUUGCCCUGCCCAGUUGACUCGUAUUCUGAUACCUCCGCAGCUACCUCGUGCAAACCUUGCGAUCUCAGCCAUGGCGCUUAUCAGGAUCAAACCGGUCAAACUUCAUGUGACGGCUGUGGAGUUGGUUCGCGUCUGGAUUUGACGACGUCAAGUUGCAUCCCCUGUGCUGCUGGCAAAUAUCAAGGCCAGCCCUACAGUACUGUCUGCAUCGAUUGUGCAGCGGGCAAGUAUAGCCUUGCGAGCGCGUCAGUGUGCUCGGCUUGCCCAGCUGGCACCUACUCGGAGCUGGCUCAAGCCUCGGCGUGUACACAGUGUCCCGCGGGCAAGUUCUCUGCCAGUGAGAAUUCAAUCUCGUGUGCCCGCUGCUCUGCUGGCACUUACCAAGCACAGGCUGGCCAAUCCGACUGCCAGACCUGCCAAGCUGGCUAUACUGUCAAUCCCGAUUUUACUCAAUGCACUGAUGUCACGCCGCCCGAGUUGACGUUGGCCCCCAACGCCAUCGUCCGGUUCGAAGCUCUGACCAAUACUUUUGUCUAUCCUACGGUGACAGCCACGGAUACGAGUGGCGAAAGAAUUGUCGUGACGCACACCAACAAUGUUCAGCCAGACGAAGUCGGCACUUAUGAUGUGACCUAUUCUGGCGAGGACAGUGCCAAGAACAAGGGUGUCUUGGUUGUUCAGGUGAUCAUCUUUGCGGCCCGAAAACCGGUCAUCGUGCUUCUUGGCCCGGUGGUCAUGACGCUCGAAGUGCACACUCGUUUCAACGACCCCAUGGGCUAUGUGAUCGAUGAGGGCGAACCCAACAACCUCAACAACACCCUAGCUAGUAACACAAGCGCUCUGGACAUUGACACCCUCGGUACUUACUAUGUCGUAUAUUCCAUGCACACGCCCGACUCCCAAGGCCUGACCGCCUCGCCUGUGCGGCGCACCGUCCAUGUCGUCGACACGACGCCUCCCGUGAUCUCGUUGACGCAGGGUGUCAACGUGACCGUUGAGGCGGGUUCCACCUGGUCCGAGCCUGGGUUUAGCAUUCGGGAUAACUACGAUACCAUGGCCAUCGGCGACGUGACGGUGGAGCCUGUCGCGCUUAAUCUCAAGGUGCCCAACGGCACGGUCCUCACCGUCGACUACAUGGCUACCGAUCGCAGCGGCAACGCCGUUUCCAUCACACGCUAUGUUCUUGUGCUGGAUCGCCUCGCACCCACCAUCACCCUGCUCAACGCCACCCGGCUGACUGCCGAGGCGGGUGACUUGUACUUUGAGUUCGAUGCGGUGGCCGAGGAUCAGUUGGAUGAUGAUGUUGACCUGAGCAUCACCUACCCAGAUGGCGUCACCGUUGGUGGUGAAUUGCAGCCUCCGUCUUUGCCCUUUGAUUACAGCAUUGUUUACACUGCCCGAGAUGAUGUUGGGAACACGGCUCAUGCCACUCGCACCCUGACCGUGGUGGACACCAAGGCUCCCAGCCUUGAAGCCAUCACCUCGGAGGUACACCUCGAGGCCGGUGCCGCCUAUGCCAUCAAUGCUUCGUGGUAUUCCGUGCGCGACAACUACAAGGCCACGCCCACCAUCUCCACCAACGUGUCGGCGCUGCCGCGCACCCACGUGAUGACGCCCUAUCGUGCCAACGUGCAAAUCACUGCCACCGAUUCGCAAGGCAAUCGAAACGCCACCUCGCUGCGAGUGCUCUUGGUGGAUACUACCGCCCCCAUGUUGACUUUGAUCACCUCCAACGUCACCUCGGGCACUGAUUUUAAAAUUAGCGACCUCGUGACUGCCUACGACAGCAAUGAUGGGGUGUUGGACAGCGUUGUGGAUAUGAACACCCACGGUACGAACGUGCUUGAUCUACCCUCAACCCCAACCUGCCCCGUCGAUCGAAUCCGUUCCGCUGCGUCCAACGCCUAUCAGCAGGCGCGCGCGGAGCGCAUUCGCAGCACCAACACUCAGGUCGUAGGUGAUGCGCCGGCCGGCAGCACCUACACUGUCGACUUUAUUGUCACCGAUGCGGCUGGCAACUCUGACUCCCUGCGCGGCGUGGUACUUACACUGCGCGAUGAUACAGCGCCUGUCAUUGCCACCUCGGGCACGCCCACCGACCAGAUUGAAUACACGCGCGCAGCCAACCAGCUCGAGCUGCCUCUCACUGCAUCUGACAACCUCGAUGGCGAUAUCUCUUCUUGGGUUUGUCUGAGCGUGGCACGUUAUGCUCCGCGCACGGCCGAGAGGACCCCAAAUGUCUCGCGAACCGGAUUGCUCGAGCCAGUGAGCCACAACUUCAACGACUUUGCUGAGGCGGGUCGCCCUUGGGGUGCCUCGGGCGGACGCCCCUUGCUUCUUCUUGACGAGCCUGUGGGAACGCUCUAUGUUGUCAAUGCGAGUGUUAUGGACGGAGCGGGCAACACGGCGACACGCACCUUCCGCUACCUCAUCGUGGAUACGACUCCCCCUGUCCUCACACUCACAUACCCCGGCAGCUACCAUGUGCCCUACGACACCACCUUUAUUGAUCCAGGGUUCACCGUGUUUGAUGAGUCAGACGACUUGUCAGAGCACGUGCUCGUGUUGAAUGCAGACCGUGUGAAUCCGCGAUUCCCUGGCACAUACGUAGUUCAAUACCGCACCAACGAUCGGUAUGGCAACCCGGCAGAGGCAGCGCGCUCCGUGAUUGUGGACAACUUUACACUCCCAGCCGAUGAUGCCAUCGUCACCAUCGAGUAUGCGGCGAGCAUCAGCCUAGCACCUUUUGCGCGUGCCUUUGAGGAGCAGCUUCGUGGUGCGCUGGGCUAUCCAUACAUCUUUGUUGUCGGUCGCCAUGCCGGUGCCGACACAACUGAGGAUCGAUUCAACACGCUUCCCGGCUCGGCGUCUAGCAGCAGCUCCCGCCGUCGCUCCCUGCAGGCUGCCACGAACACUUCGUUCGAGCUGUGCAUGCGCUCCACGACCACCCUUGCUUGGGUGCCAGCUGAGACACUGGCUGGAAUUAUUCGAGCCUGGAACAACCCCAAUGUGACCGUGACCUCGAUUCCUCUGCCCCCAGACCCCAACAACGCUGCCAGUGCCUCCACGGGCAACAAGAGUGGUGCUGACGCAGGGCUGAUUGGCGCCAUCGCAGGAGCUGCCGUGGGAUUGGUUCUGGUGAUCGUCUUGGUGCUGGUGGUGCUCCGACGCCGAAACAGCUCUGCUUCCAAGCAGCUCGCCGCGCCGUCAUUCCAAGCCAACAGCCACAGCAUGGCCAAUCCUUUGUUUGACCAGGACGUGUCUGGCUCGGUCCAAGCUUCAACCUAUAACCAUCUUGCGCUUGACGGCGAGUACCAGGAUGUGAACCCCGAUGAUCCGGGCUAUGACGAUUUUGAGGAUCGUCCCGGUUUCGGCUCGGGCCCUGACGAGGAUGACAUCGAUGGCGAUGGCGGCUACUUUUACACGGAUGUAGAGGGUGCAGCACCGGAUGCCGGCACUGAACGCGCGCACGCCACCUUUGUGAAUGAGGCGUACAUGAGCGUCGACGAUGACUUUAAUGACAGUAACGAGUAUCACGAGGCCGUGCCUCGGGCCACGAUGCCGGACGACACCUAUGGCGUCGAAGGAGAUUACGCGUUGGCUGUUCCGUCGGGUGGGGCGACGGAGACCACGUAUGGUCUCAAGCUGGGCAACGGUGCCUAUGGGGCGGAUAACGCUUAUGACCAGCCCACUUUCAUGGCCAGUACAUCAGCUGAGUAUGACGUUCCCAUGUCUGCCGACGAUAGCCAAGCGCUGGCCAAGGGUUAUGCAGUCCCUUCAGUGCGAGAUGGUCCGGCUUCGACCUCACACUACGAUGUGCCUUUGUCCUCCAUUACCGAACCUGCUCAGUAUGCCGCGACCGAGUUGGAGACCUUGCCUGUGGGCAGCUAUAUUUUGCGCUACUCGGACAACACCAAGCAGUUGGUGCUGAGCGUGCGCUCGCGUUCGCGCGUGCAGCAUCACGUUCUCAGCAUCAACGCCCAAGACGAGGUGCUUUUCAAUGAGAAGGUGAUGCCGGGCGCGCGCGAUCUUGCGUCGGCCAUGCACAUUCUGAGCUCUCCAGAGCUUUAUCAAGAUUUUCUGAGCGUCCCUCUCUGGACAGCUGAUGCAGCAGACACGGCCGAGGGGCCGGCGGCGGGGCUCGACGGCGAGCCCUACUUUCACGGACAGAUUGAUCGCUCAGAAGCCGAAAAGCGCCUCUUGGCCAAUGGGUCGGAUAACGCCUUUCUGGUGCGCGCUCGAUCGGCCGGCUCCUACGCCUUAUCCAUCCUGAGCCUGAAGAGUAAAGAUGCCAAGUGCCACCACCAUCUUCUUGAAGUCAACGAGGAGGGUUUGGUGACGCUUAACAACGACCUUCUUUCUCCGCCCUGCACAUCGAUUGUGGGUGCAGUGGAGCUGCUCCGUCGCGUCCCGCCCGAGAACAUCGAUCAACCGCAGGUGCCAGUCGCCCGCACUUAG